AUGGACGAUUGCGAAAUUCCUGACGGCGAGUACAACCUGCGGGUCGGACAGGCUCUUGGAGACGCCGACUUGCGGCGCUUUUUUGGAAUCAGGUACACUUUUCGUCCAGAUACUCUGGACUCAAGCGGCGAAUCGAUGCUUCUGAACCGCAACGAUGAGUAUAUUUUGGAGUCUUCGGCCAAGGAUGGAGUUUCCAAGCUGUAUUUCGAAGGCAAAAGGCCGCCCGCUGGCCACGGACACUCGGAUCAUGUAUUGAUCUACAAUCAGAAGGCAGGCGAGUUCAGUCUCGAGAGGUUGGACUCUGUGGUGAAAAUGAGCAAGUCUCGUGAGCCUGAGAAGCUACAGCAACGGAUGAAGGCGCUGCUGAACCAGCAUGCCCGUGGGGAGGCGAUGAAAGAGCAGGCUUCUAAGAUUAGAAAACCAGCCACUACACUACGGUCACGUCCCCUCUCGGCUCAAUCGCUGGCCAGGUCGAGGCAAAAAAGAGAGCCAUCUACAAGAAGUGUGCCUACUCGUCCCUCGAGGCUCUCGAAAGCGCAAGAGGCGAUUUCGAAGACCAAACAACCCGAAUCCGAAAACCGCGAUCCGCCGAAAUCGGCAGUCUCUGAGGAAGACCUCGAGUUUGAUAGGGAGUUUGAAGAGGCGCUGGAGGCGCUGGAUGAUGAAAUAAGCGAGGAAGAGUAGCACUGUUGGGAAGCCUGUCAAACAAGUCUGUGAUUUUCAGGCUGUGCUCCCGAUGGGUGUGCUCUUUUUUUCUCGUUUAAAAAAAUAAACUAAACACCUUUGCAAAAUGGCUUCCAACCUGUCAGUACUGAUCUCGCAAUUGAACGAGACGCUGCAUUUACUGGACUUGACAGACUUGGCAAACCAUUGGAUUAAUUCGUCUAGCGAGUAUUACAAUGUGCAAAAGGCCCGGGGCACGAUAUUUCCGAUACAGAUAUCCCUAUCGUUGCUACUCGGCCUGGCCCCGAUAAUUUUGGUUCUAGCGCGCAAGACACGCAGACGGGUUGAGAAACCGAGCAAGUUUGAGGUCCCAGUCCCCGAUGAGGCAAAGCCUAAUUGGAAAGGCAAAAGGCUUACACCUGCGGACAUCUAUCAGCCAGAAGACCCAGCACAUAUCUACUGCUACUGUCCCGCAACGUCCCAAUUUCUGGGUAAGUUUCCUGCCCACACGAAGCAAGAUAUAGAUGCUGCUGUGGAAAAGGCCAAGGAGGCCCAGAUGAGUUUCUAUUCGGACCGCGAGUUUGGUGUUAAACGGCGCAAAGUGCUGAGAACCCUGUGCGGGUUCAUCCUGCGCAACCAGGAGACCAUUGCGCGGGUCGCGUGCAGAGACUCGGGGAAAACAAUGGUAGACGCGUCCAUGGGCGAAAUAAUGGUCACCCUCGAGAAGAUCAACUGGAUUCUGGCCAACGGAGAACGUGCACUGCAACCGUCUAGCAGACCGGGCAGUUCCAACCUGUUCAUGAAGUACAAAAAAGCGGAAGUUCGCUACGAACCACUAGGUGUUGUUGGAGCACUUGUCUCGUGGAAUUAUCCGUUCCACAAUCUGCUGGGCCCUAUAGUUGCUGCCAUUUUCACCGGUAAUGCCAUUGUGGUGAAAUGCAGCGAGCGGGUCCGCUGGUCAUCCGAGUACUAUAUUUCUGUGGUCAAGGCGGCACUCAAAGUGUGUGGCAUAGAUGAGAACCUGGUCCAGCUUGUAUGUGUGUGGGGAAAGGACGGAGAUUUGUUUUCUGGUCAUCCUGGACUUUCGCAUCUCACAUUUAUUGGGUCCAGGCCGGUUGCCCAAAAGGUUGUGGCUAAAGCCGGCGAGGUGCUCACGCCUGUGGUAGUGGAGCUGGGUGGCAAGGACGCGGUGAUCAUUUGCGAGGAUUAUCUCAGAAACAAGGGGGUUGAUAAAAUAGCGUCCAUUUUAAUGAGAGGAACGUUUCAGAGUGCGGGCCAGAACUGUAUCGGGAUAGAGCGGGUGAUUGUGGCGGGUGACUCAAAGUACUACGACAAACUAGUGGAAACGCUAUCAAAUAAGGUGGCCAAGCUGCGCAUUGGCUCGGAUAUCGACCAGAGCGAGGAGAUCGACAUGGGAGCCAUGAUUAUGGGUGGAGCAAAAUUUGACGAGCUUGAGCAGUGGAUAGUAGAAGCGGUAGACAGAGGAGCCCGCCUGCUACAGGGAGGGAAGCGCUAUGUGCAUCCCAACUAUCCGCAGGGCCAUUAUUUCAUGCCCACGCUGAUUGUGGACGUUGAUCCGGAGUGCGCACUAGCCACAAACGAGGUGUUUGGUCCUGUUUUGACAAUUUUGCGGGUCACUUCGGACGACGAGGCUGUGGAGCUGGCCAACUCCACCAGCUACGGGCUCGGAUCGUCUAUCUUCAGUGCAGACUUCCGCCACGCCGAGGAGCUUACAAAACGUCUCAAGGUCGGAAACGUGGCGAUCAACGACUUUGCCACGUUCUACGUGUGCCAGCUUCCGUUCGGUGGAGUCAAGGGUUCUGGGUACGGCAAGUUCGGUGGCGAGGAGGGACUACGGGGUCUCUGUAACGAGAAGUCCGUGUGCUACGACCGCACGAGCCUGAUUUCCACUACCAUCCCAAGUGUUGUUGACUAUCCAAUUGCCAAUGGUAAAAAAGCAUGGAAAUUUGUUGCGGCCCUCAACCAGGGCGGAUACGACCACAGCUGGUGGCAGAAGUGCAAGGCCAUCUGGACUCUGGCUACAAGUUAAUGUAAAAUAG